CUCCGUACAAAUCCAUUACUACCAAAAAAAAAAAAAAAAAUCCAACAAAUUGAAAAGCAUCAAAGAAUUAAGAAGAAGAUUCAGAUUUAUUCUUCUUCUUCUUCGUCUUCUUCUCAAAUGGAAGCGGAUGUAUCUAUCAAUUUCUGCAAAACCCUAAAAAUUUCUCCUUAAAGUUUUCGUUUUGUCUUCAUCUUCUGAGGAAUUAGGUUUUGAGAAAUCUGAGGAAAAUAAAAAAGCUAUGAAUUCUGCAGUGCUUUUAUCGUUGCUCUUUCUAUUUGCUAAGUGUUUUAUGGCGACAGCGAAUGUUGUGCUCAUUGUGCACAACGCCACUUUCUCUUUCCAAGAUGUUGAAGCUAAUUUCGCUCCACCGGUUAAAGGUUCUGGGGAAUGUGGAGUAUUAUACAUGGCAGAGCCUCUCGAUGCAUGCUCAACAUUGACUAAUAAAGUUGAAAAAGCUUCCAAUUGCAGUUCCCCAUUUGUUCUGAUUGUUAGAGGAGGAUGUAGCUUUGAGGAUAAAGUUAGAAGAGCACAGACAGCUGGAUUCAAAGCUGCAAUUGUCUACGACAGUGAAGAUAGUGGUGUCUUGGUUGCAAUGGCAGGAAAUUCAGCCGGUGUAAAAAUAAAUGCUGUGUUUGUUUCUAAAGCUUCAGGUGAAAUACUAGCAAAAUACACUGGCUUAAUUGACAUGGAGCUUUGGAUUAUCUCAAGUUUCGAAAACUCAGCAUGGUCAAUCAUGGCAAUCUCUUUUAUUUCCCUACUUGCCAUGUCUGCAGUGCUCGCUACUUGUUUCUUCGUUCGUAGGCAUCGUAUAAGACGUGAACGGCCUCAAGCUUCUCGUGUGCGGGAAUUCCAUGGAAUGAGCAGUCGAUUAGUGAAAGCAAUGCCAAGUUUGAUAUUUACUGCUGUUUUAGAGGAUAACUGUACUUCAAUAACAUGCGCUAUAUGCCUUGAAGAUUAUACCGUUGGAGAGAAGCUUAGGAUUUUACCAUGUCGUCACAAAUUUCAUGCUCUCUGUGUGGAUUCAUGGCUUACUACCUGGAGAACCUUCUGUCCAGUUUGCAAGCGUGAUGCUAGAACUAACACAGGUGAUCCACCGGCUUCAGAAUCAACACCGUUGCUUUCAUCCAGCCCAGCCUCUGUGGCUUCUUCUGUGUUAUCGUCUAUGAGGUCAUCAUUUGCAUCAUCAUCAGCCAUACAAAUAGCACCAGCAUCAUCUCAAUCCCCUUCAGUUUCUCGCAUGCACUCUGUUGCUAGCACUCCUUACAUUCAGAACUCUCUUAGGUCCUACCACCAAUCCCCUCCCAUGCAUGUAAGCCGAAGCUCAGUAGAUCUCAGGAAUGCAUCAUCCCAAAGAUCUCAAGCUCCCCAUUUCAUUUCACCCCACUCAUUGGGUUACCCAUCCUAUUCACCAUAUAACUCACGAUUCAUGUCUCCAUAUAUUCCAAGCCCAAGCAGUGCAUCACCGAGCUUUGUCAGUUCAUCUGGUCGUCAGCAGCACCCUCUGCAUUGCAGCGAGUCAGCUGCAAGUUUUUCUCCCUUUGCUUCUGCCCAAUCUCUUCCAGAAUGCUGAGUUAAAUUUUAGCAUAUGUUUUGUAAGCUGGAUAGGUGCUGCUAAGAGCUCACCAGUGGGAGUUGAACCGACAUUCCUGAGAUCAUUUUUACCUCAAGCUUGCACUGUAAAGUUGUUGCGUCAUGAUUGGAUUCUAUUUGACAUAGUUGCUUGCUUACACCAGUUUUUAUAUCUCGAGUGGAACUUGUUGCGAUCUCACGUGUACAUUGUAGCAUAAGGUUUCCUUUUUGUUUUCAAGUGAUUAUUGUGGUUCUUUCAUUUGAGGUCUGUGAAGUGUCUGAUAAAAGCGUGACUGUAUUGUGCUGUACUUAGGGUCUAUUUGAGAUCCGUUUAUUUUGCUAGAACUGAAAACUUUGUGCUGAAAAUAUUGUAAAUAAAGGUGAAAAUUAGCUGAAAUAGUAUAGUGGUAUUUAUGAAUA